AAAGAAACCCAAAAGACUCUUCCUUUAUCACUCCCUCUCUCUCAUUAUCUCUCUUUGCAAAAGCCCCAUCUCACCUCACUAUCUUUCAAACCAAAAAUGCACUGAACUAACUGCUGUUUCAAGAAACAUAAAUAUAAAUAAAUAAAUAAUAAUAUUAAAAACCCCAAAAGAUAAUACCUUUAUUAAAAAAUAAACAAAACCCAAUUCCCAAAAUAAUAAACCCAGCCAAUUGGAUCAACAAUUUUGAGAAAUGCACAAAGUUUGCUCAAUUUUCAUCUGGGAACAUAUGUUUGUGUGUGGAAUAAUCUGGAGUGUGACGAUAGGGUAACGCUCAUCAGAAUUUUUGAUAUUCGUCUGGUGUAAUAUGGCCUCUGCCAGCCUUGGACAUGGGGGAGUAGGCAGUUCAAGAAGUGUAAGUGGCUUUAAUGAAUCAUCUAGUGUAGUUGAUCGACUGGGGAGGGGAAUGCUUGAUAUGCGAUUGAGGGACAGGGUGGAACGUGAUGAUGACAAAGUUAGUGAUAGUGAACCGGAGAUAGUACAAGGGACCGGUACUGAAGCUGGACAUGUUAUAAGAACAACAGUUGGUGGGCGUAAUGGUCAAGCUGAACAGACUGUUAGCUACAUAGCAGAGCACGUGAUUGGGACUGGUUCUUUUGGUGUUGUUUUUCAAGCUAAAUGCAGAGAAACGGGAGAGAUUGUUGCUAUUAAGAAAGUGCUUCAAGACAAACGUUACAAGAACAGGGAGCUUCAGAUUAUGCAAAUGCUAGAUCAUCCUAACGUUGUGGCACUUAAACAUUCUUUCUUUUCAACCACUGAGAAAGACGAAUUGUACCUUAAUCUUGUUCUUGAUUUUGUUCCUGAGACUGUUAGUCGUACUGCAAGGCAUUAUACUAGGAUGAGUCAACGGAUGCCCUUAAUUUAUGUCAAGCUGUAUACCUAUCAGAUAUGCAGGGCACUUGCUUAUAUUCAUAAUUGCAUCGGGAUAUGCCACCGUGACAUAAAACCGCAGAAUUUACUUGUGAAUCCACACACACAUCAGCUGAAACUUUGCGACUUUGGAAGUGCUAAAGUUUUAGUGAAAGGAGAGCCGAAUGUUUCUUAUAUCUGUUCAAGAUAUUAUCGUGCUCCAGAGCUCAUUUUUGGUGCCACAGAAUACACAACAGCUAUAGAUAUAUGGUCAACAGGUUGUGUGAUGGCUGAACUACUACUUGGCCAGCCUCUAUUUCCUGGAGAAAGUGGUGUUGAUCAAUUGGUUGAGAUUAUCAAGGUAUUGGGAACACCUACAAGGGAGGAGAUAAAGUGCAUGAAUCCAAACUACACCGAGUUUAGGUUUCCUCAAAUAAAACCUCAUCCAUGGCACAAGGUUUUCCAGAAGCGUUUACCUCCUGAAGCAGUGGAUCUUGUUUGUAGGUUCUUUCAGUAUUCACCCAACCUACGAUGCACUGCUUUGGAAGCUUGUGUCCAUCCCUUCUUUGAUGAGUUGAGGGACCCAAGUACCCGUCUUCCGAAUGGCCGCCCCCUUCCUCCACUCUUUAAUUUCAAACCUCAAGAACUUGCUGGCAUUCCUAAAGAGACUGUUCACAGGCUUAUUCCAGAGCAUGCUCGUAAACAGAACUUGUUUAUGGCUUUAAACAUCCAAUGAGUUUGGGAGAUUUUGUGUGCUGCUGUCUUACACCACUACGCACGUUUACUACAUACUAUUUGUUGCUUAUUACUCGUUUGUUACAUAUGAGCUUGUUAUUAUGAUAUGAGGCUUUGUCGGGUAUAAAAGUGAGCCCUAGUUUUUAUUAGUGUCGAAUAUUUAUGUCUUUUACGGUCGUUAACUGUUUUUUUAAUCAUUUAACGUGCUCUUCUUUGUUGAGAUUUGCCA